AUGACAGGCAACAGCCCUCAGGACAGGUAUGGUUGGGGCGCAAUGGAACAGAAAGGGAACUGUCUGCGUAUAUGGGCAAAUGCAAACACACGCACACGCACACACACAUGUGUGUUUAUUUAGCACCAGGCCCACCACUAACACACAACACACAGCUGCUGGAGUCCUACUACCUUAUCAGGGAUCACUGCUGACAGCUACUUUGGACCACCUUUAAAAAUAACGGUUUUGGUGAUCCAGCUUGUGCCCAUGCAACUUGGUCUGGGAGUCACUGUGACUUUAAUGUCCUACAAUACCCUGGAUUGAUGCGAUCUCAGGGGCAUUGUGGGUAAUUUUAAAGGUGCAGACAUCCAGACUGAGCUGCCUGCUCAUCAGAGCAUGGCUGCUGCCUACUAUGGUCACUAGGUAAGUCUUCUACUUACCUAGCAGACUUACCUAGUGACCAUGGUAAACCAAGCACUAGGGCACUUUAACAAAGACCCCCCUAAAACCCGGAACCAGCUUUGCUAGCACUGUACGAAACAGCCCCUUCUUUUCCUACACCUUGAUUUUGAUGUCACAUGACACAUUUCCCCACAUGGAAAUAGGAAGCUGCUUUUAUAUAGAUUCAAGCCAAGGAGCCAUCUAACUCAAUACUGUCGACACUGACUGGCAACAGGUCUCCAGAGUUUCAGGCAAGAGUCUUUUUCAGCCCUGCUUGGACCUGAAUUGAACCCAGGACCUUUUGUCUGACUUAUUGUAUGGGAAACGUAGUGUGAGUGUUUUUUGGAUGACUGGAUAUAUGUUCCGAUGACUGCACUGAUGUCUCUUAAGAGACUUCCUUGUUCUGAGGCAGGAGCAACAACAAACAGAAUCAAUUGGCAGUGGGAAAGCUGUGGCAGUCCCUUUUAGAAAAUGAGCUCUGUCUCUUUGCCUGCUUCUGAAUCUCUUUCUUCCUAGCUUUGUUCACCACGAACUUCUCACUUUCUGACAUAAGGCAACAUGCUUAGUGCUGAGGGCUCCUGGCACGAGCUUAGGAUGAGCCACAGAAAGCAAUUCCAGAGCUUGAACAAAGCCUCUGUGCUCUUUCUUCCUAAAUGGAAGCCACGGCAAUGCUGCUUGCCAGGAGACCAUGCAUAAAAUAAAUCACAUUUUUACACCAUUCCCCUUGCUGUACGUACCUUGCCUCAUUUUAGCCACCACCCAAAACCUCCUUUGCCACAAAUCUAGUACUUUAUCCUCUGCUGAACAUGUGAGCAAUUGUUGUAUGAAUGAUCCUAAGAGACUGGGCAAGUAUUCUCCCACUCAACGCUUCUGUGACUCUCAUAAAAGAUAGCAAAGAAGGACCCCCCCCUCCUGUGUUUCCAUGCUUGGUGCCUGAGUGCUUUGGAAGAUCACAUAUUUACUCAAUUUUUAAAAAAAAUUUGGUCAAGCACACUUACUCAUUCAUUAGCCCAGGCAAACACAUGCUUAAAUUUAUCUUGCCGAAAUCAACAGGACUCUUAACUGUAGCUGCAUCGUACACUCAUUUGUUUAGAGCUACAGAUGGUCCAUCCCAAGUCUCGAGAUGAGAAUUAUUUGUAUACGAGAUGGAUCCAUGUCCCUAACAAGCUCACAUAUGAAGUUUGAAGGACGGGGAGGAAUGAAAUGAGAAUAGUACUGAAGUUACCUCACAGAGUCUGGCGAGAACUAGCAGAGCAAAGGAUCUUGAAAGGAUUUAUAUAGAACCUUCCCUGGCCUUGUGCCUCUGGAUGUUUUGGACUCGACUCCCAUGAUCCCUGACCAUUGGCCAUGGUGUCCAGGGCUGAUGGGAGUUGUAGUCCCAAGCAUCUGGAGGCUGGGAAAGGCUGAUUUAUAUUGUACUCAAGAGAUUCUAAUAAGAAUCUACAAGUUGCCCCUUACUGGCUCUGGGGCUAUAUAUAGCCUGAAGGGCAUGUUUAUAAAAACGGUUGCUCAAUUUCCCACCACUACAGCCUCGAUACCAACAUAUAAACAUCUUGUUGAAAGAUGAAGGUCUUUCAGUAGGCUCUCAAAAUCAACAGAGAUGGCACCUUUUUAACAUGCAAGUAGAGGAGGUUCCAAGGGGUAGGUGCUGCAACCCUAAGAACCCUAGAUUGUGUGGAAUGAACCUCCUGUUGUGAUGUAAUCUGCAGCAAGCACUCAACUGCAGAGUGCAACUGUUUUGUGUUGGCGUCAACCCAGAUCAGCCUAUUGGUUUCCUUUGGUUACUAGCGUUCCGGCACGGGAUAGUGGGACUCUCCAGGUGAGGAAGGAGCAAGAUGUGACUGCCCUGCUGGUUGCUGCAACAGCAUAGCUUACUCUCUAGCUCAAUCAGUACUUAAUUUCAGGGUCUUGGGUUCAAGCCCUACGUUGGGCAAAAGGGAUUUGGACUGAAAUGAACCUCAUGGUGCCUUUCAAUUCUACAGUUCUAUGAUUAUUUAUUUAUUUAUUUAUUUAUUUUCUGCCCCAAGGGUAGCAUUUUAUUUAUUUAGUAGAAAAUUAAUUUAUUUUAUUUACUCCAAGGGUUCUCAGCCUCCCCCUUUUAUCCUUGCAACAUCCCUGUGAGAUGGGUUAGAUUGAGAAAUGGUGGGCUUCGUGGCUGAGUCACAAUUUGAAUCCAGGUCCAACAAUCUCUUAGUCGUUGCACCACACUGGCUCUCUGGCAUGUUUAGCACCUUUUGCACUUACAGCGUUUCUAACCUUUAUUUAAUCCUCGAGCGGUAUGCAACAGUUUGAAUGGCAAUAUAGAAAUGUCUUAAAUGGCUAGGCUGUCCCUUGUCCAGGAGCUCCCAUUUAGUCCUCAUUGGUUGUUCUUGUUUCUUGCAGGUAUAAGGCUGUCUGGCUGAUCUUUUUCAUUCUUGGCCUUGGGACGCUUUUGCCAUGGAAUUUUUUCAUGACUGCUUCGGGGGUAAGUUCAAGGGAGGUGGGAGCCACUUGUGUAUAUAUAGUUGAUGUGUUUGGUACUAUAUGCCUUCACCAGGGCUGGCCUAGAUCAGGGAUUCCCAAGCUGUGUGUCAGGGUUAGUGUGAUGCUAGAGGGACUGAAAUGCACCUUGAGGAAUCAGAUUGUUUCUUGGAUGCAUCCACCACAGCACAUUGCUCCACAAGACAAGAUUAAGAGGCAUGGUGGCUCUGUGUUAGUCCGUGUCCAAGACACUGUAGUCAUUUUUACUUCAGUGGGACUUCAUUACAUCCACUUCCUGUGGCUUGCACCCAUACAUAAAAGGUAAAGGGACCCCUGACCAUUCGGUCUAGUCGUGGCCGACUCUGGGGUUGCAGCGCUCAUCUUGCUUUAUUGGCCAAGGGAGCUUCUGGGUCAUGUGGCCAGCAUGACUAAGCCACUUCUGGCGAACCAGAGCAGCGCACGGAAACGCUGUUUACUUUCCCGCCGGAGCGGUACCUAUUUAUCUACUUGCACUUUGACGUGCUUUCAAACUGCUAGGUUGGCAGGAGCUGGGACCGAGCAACGGGAGCUCACUCCGUCGCGAGGAUUCGAACCGCCGACCUUCUGAUCGGCAAGCCCUGGGCUCUGUGGUUUAACCCACAGCGCCACCCACAUCCCAUACAUAGGAGGUGCCUUUUGAUGAGGAUUGCUUGAUGAAUAUGAGCAGCGAUAUGGGCAACUGUUCUGCCCAAACCCCUUCUAUCCCAGGGGUAGCACCCAAGGCGAGCCAGCCUGGACCUUCCUAUUGGAAAGGUGUUUUAUCUUUCCAAGAUGAAUCUCUUCAAGGCAUUUAUGAGGAUCCAGCCCCCGCAAAAAAACACGCAAAACAGCUCUUUGUUUUGCCGCCAUAAACAUGGCUUAGCAUGAUUUAGAGUUGAUUAUUUUAACAGGCGACAGAAAGCCCUGCUCAAUGAAGAACUUAGCAAUUACUUAGCAGGGAAGCUUCUUUUCUUCAUGCUCUCCUCUGUCCCCUCUCUGCAGUACUUUACUAGCCGCCUGAAGGAGGAUACUUACAACAAUGUGUCCUCCAUUGAUCUCCAUAUGAACAUGAAUGACACAGAGACUAAGAAACCUCCUGACACACACUUGCAGUCCAUAUUCAACAGUGUGAUGACACUCUGCGCCAUGUUGCCUCUACUCAUCUUUACCUGCCUCAACUCCUUCAUCCACCAGAGGUGAGAUCUUUGUAGUUUUCUUCCUCAAAGGAAGUCCCACACUUCCUGCUUCGUCCCUCUUCUCCUUUUGGCCCAACAGUUGCGUCGAGGGCAAGACAGCCUUGCCAUUUCCAGCGGAAAGGAGCCUCUUUUUGAUAGAGUUAUAUUCAUGGUGGAUCAUGUCCUUCUUCUGCAUCUUUGUUGGGCUUUUUAGUUUUCGACAAUGAUGUCGAUAUUACAUUAAUCAUGUAAUAUGGCUUAUGCUGUAACUGUGAUGCUCUAUUGUGUCAUUGUUAUUUAUUGUUUGUAAGCUCUUUUGGAUUCAUUUGAAUGCAUAUCAAACAAUCAGUCAAUUUUCUCUCACUCCCUCUGUCAAUGUCAACUUGUUAGGAUCCCUCAGCAAGUUCGGAUCCUAUGCAGCCUGGUGGCUAUCCUGUUGGUCUUCCUAGUAACAGCCAUCAUAGUCAAGAUCUCCAUGGACCCUUUGUCGUUCUUCACUAUCACCAUUGUCAAGAUAGUCUUCAUCAAUUGUAAGUGUGGGUCACUUGUAGACUGGCCUUGAUAUUGACAGAAUGGAAUAUAGACAUUUCUCACAUGCAACCCUUCACCAACGGAGAGAGAGAGAGAUUGAGAGAGAGAGAGCUUGUCUGAAUGCAGGAAGGCAAAUCCUGAUUGCCUUUGGAGGAAUGGGAAUGUCAGAAUUCACAGCUAUGACUCUCAUAGCAGAAGAUAUUGUAGGGACUUGGGUAAGGGAUUAUUUAUUUAUUUACAAAAUUUUAUAAAAUAGAUAGAUAGAUAGAUAGAUAGACAGACAGACAGACAGACAGACAGAGGUACUUGGUGUUGAAGUGAGAAAGUAGCUUCUUCAUCUCUGUAAAACCUGCAUAUGGAAACUUAAGGUUGUCUAGGUAUUGUUGGUCUUAUGGCUUCCAUCACUCCUGGCAAUUGGCAGUGGAGGCUGUAGAAGGUGUAGUCCUUCCUCAGCAAGGCUGAGUGCGGCAUGUUUACCCUUGAGAGUGCAUAUUCAGGCUGCCUCCUGCUCCUCAGCACUGGGUGGUGUCACAAGAUCGCCUCUGCACCAGACCUCUCUGCCACUCACCUCUCUGCCUUUUCUCCCUACAGCCUUUGGUGCCAUUCUCCAGGGCAGCCUCUUUGGACUGGCAGGACUCUUGCCUGCCAGUUACACAGCGCCUAUUAUGAGCGGGCAGGGCCUUGCAGGGACAUUUGCAGCUCUGGCCAUGAUCUGCGCUCUCGCCAGUGAGUAUUGCUAUACAACCACCCAUCUCCUUUCAGCAUAACAGCCUGGACUACUUGGGUGGAUGAAAUCUCAGAUCAGAAGAAGCUCUUAGUGUACGUUCUUUUUUUUUUUUAAUAUAAUUUUUAUUAACAAACCAAUCAAAUCACAUUAAUUCCAAAUUACAGAGCCAAAUUUGUAAAUUUUUGUUGGGGGUACCCAUGCUUUGAGCUCAGAAAGGGAUCCAUUCAUCUCUGUUGCUGCUGCUUUAAUAUUCACAGUUCUGUCCAAAUAGUAUUCACAGUUCUAUCCAAUCUUCUCUUUAUUGUUUUCCUCAUCUUCUUGUUGUUAUCAUAUAUUCCUUUCUUUGUGACCUCUGAUAGUCUCCACAAGCGGGUUAAAAACAAACGUUGUUAUAGUCCUGUGUGGAUUUUUCAUUCCUCCAAGAGCCAUAUUCAAAUAGACAGACGCCAUUUCAACACUUCCGUACAAAACAUUCUUAAAGUCUGCCCAUUAAUCCUCGCAAGCCUGUCACUCUCUCCUCGAUCUUCUCAGGGGGUUCUGCCAGGUCAAACUCAUAGUCCAAUCUGAUAACAAAACCAUGGUCUCCUCCCCCUCGAUCGUAAAUCCUGCAACAAGGCCUGCUUCCUGGCGAGUCUCUUUUUAUAACUGCGUCAUUCCAAAGGCCUUUCAUUCCUUUCCAGAUAUUCCACAAACCAUGUCUUUGAUUAGUAAUUUAUUUCCGCACAGUUCUUAAUCACCCCGCUUAUAAUCAGUUGUUGCAACGAUUCUUCUUGGGGGGGGAUUGUUAGGUAAUGACAUAAAAAAAAAUAAAAGCCCCCCCCAUUCCGUCCCGUUCUGACAUACCGACCCUUUGAUGUGUCUUCUUCUUGAUAUAUUUUCCUGUUGAAUCCAGCCCGUCGCUCGACUUCACAGAGGUCACCUCACAUAGCAGUCUCAACUGCCGUUCUUCACUCGAAACAUGAGCAUUUGCUGCUCUCUAAUUGUUUAUUUUGAGCUGCUGCAACCAGGCGCGCUAUCAGAGACAGCGUCUGGGAGAGCCGAAAACCCACACAAGGGCUGUGCACCUAGUGCCCUCACCCCCUGCAUCUUUCGAACUCGGGGGUGAUUUAUCGGCAACCGCAGGCGAAGGCAGUGUUUCCCCAUUCCCUGGGGUAACAAGGGAGGCUGCAUACUCCCAUAUCAGCCUCUUAAUUUCCUCGUGUGAGCCGGAGAGAUGGUAUUGUCGGCCAUCUUCCAAUGCGCCCCUAGCGGGCCCCCCCUUAGUGUACGUUCUUGAAAGGGCCUUCUCUCCACUGGGGUCUAGCUUCUGUGGUCCCUAAUCUUCAUGUCCCUUCCCAGUCACAAACUGCAAGGCUUGUCCUUCGCAAAUGCCUGUGAAGGACAAACCUUGAGGUUUUGGUAUCUUCAAAAUCCUUGGCUCUGCGGUCAUUAUCACUGGUGACCUCCAUUGUGUGCGUUGGUUUGUGACUGGACCUCCAUGCAAAGGGUUGCAAUAGAUGACUCCCUGGUUUGAAGCAGGAAUCCCAAGGUUCCUAGAAACAUAAUUUUCAGGUGGCUGCCUCUGCUUUACCCUCAGGUGGGCGGGAAAGUUUCCCCAGUCACCGUUUAUUUCCAAAUCUUUCAGGUGGCUCUAAACUGGAAGACAGUGCCUUUGGUUACUUCAUCACCGCCUGUGUCGUGAUCCUAAUGGCCAUUGGCGCCUAUAUUAUGUUGCCUCGUCUGGUAAGGAUUCUCUUUUCUCUGAAAUAGUGGGCAAGUGGGCAGUUCCUUGUAUUCCUGGCCAAUGGGCACCAUUUUGCAGGGAGGUGGGAGCAGGCUCUGUGUCCCAUUCUCAACAAUAGGUCUGUGGAGCCACAAGGAGUCUCAGUUUUUUGCUUCAGAAGAGUUCCCAAGAUCACCCAAGAACACCCUCUCACCAGAUGUCAAAGAGAAAAACAACUACCAGACUUUUAGAAGACAUCUGAAGGCAGCCCUGUUUAGGGAAGCUUUUAAUGUUUAAUAGGUUAUUGUAUUUUAAUAUUCUGUUGGAAGCCACCCAGAGUGGCUGGGGAAACCCAGCCAGAUAGGUGGGGUAUAAAUAAAUUGUUAUUAUUAUUAUUAUUAUUAUUAUUAUUAUUAUUAUUAUUAUCUUUCCCUUUGCCACCACUAUGUUAUAGUUGUUUUUACAUUCCACACCAACACAUGUUCUAUGCUACGCCCUGGUUUUCUCAACAGGACUUCUUCCGCUACUACUCCAUGAAGGAUAAGACAGAAUAUCGGACCCAUGAGGCCUACUCUGAGGUGGAAACCAAGAUGGACCUCAUCAAGAAAGGUAAAAGAAGGAAGAGAUGAUGGGCUGGGAAGUAUGCUUCCAAUUCAGUUAUGGGGGUGGGGGUCCCCACCAGCACUUAGUAACAGUCAAAAUAUGCUUUAGUACAGGGCUGAGGAAUCUGUUGUUGGGCUGCAACAGAAUGGCCAAUGGUCAGGGACAAUGGCAGAUUUUAUCCAACAUCUGGAAAGCCACAUAUUCCUCAUCCCUAUUACAGAAUAUAUGCAGCAAAUGAUAACUCCUCUAACACACCAGUGGCCCGCUUUAUUUGGGCAAUUCCCCAAGGUAACAUUAGGAGUACCUUUUGCCAUCUAUGGCAGGUCUGCCAACUAUAUGGCCACCAUGGUGCAGGAAUAGCCUGGCUACAAUGAUUCAUGCACUGUAACCGCAAGACGCUGUUAUUGCUAUGCGCUCGGUGUGGGGCUACCCUCGCACAUCGCCUGGCGCAAAAUGCUGUGGCUGCAUCGCUGAGAGGGAGAGGCUACUGCCAGCCCAUAACUCAUUGCAGUGGCUGCCCAUAUGUUGCAGGACCAGGUUCAAGGUUCUUGUGUUAAUUUACCAUAACAACUCAGCUCCAGGAUAUCAUAAGGGGCCAUCUGAUCUUUUAUAUCCUGGCUCAAACACUGAAAUCUUGAGUGGAGCCCCUGUUGGUGGUUUCCCAUAGCUCAAAUGCACCCCUCGUGCAUUAGGACCCACAACACUGGAUGCAUAGCUUCUAUCUAUGGAACUCCACACACACACACACACACACACACAGAGAGAGAGAGAGAGAGAGAGAGAUUGAGAGAGAGAGAUUAGACCUCCUUGUUGAACUUCAGGCACAUGGCAGAGCCUUUCUUACUACAGAAGGAAUUGUAGGGGAGUGUUUUGGAUUUAUGACACAUUUUUACUUUUUUAUUCUCCGCAUGGUUAUUCUCCGUAUGAUUUAUCUGCAUAAAUAAAUAAAUUACAUAAGCCACGGAACCCUUAUGCUCAACUUGUAUCCUAUUCCCUGUUUUGGAACGAUGGUCUUCAUUGAUGUGCACUGUUAUAAUCUCCCCUCUUCUACCAACCAACCCAGCAUUUCUCGCUUGUAAACAUUUGAAUAUCCCUAGCACGGGGAGUGGGGAAAUUUGUGGCCCUCCAGAUGUUGCUGGACUCCAGCUCCCGUGAUUCCUGGGAAGCAUGGUCAAUGGUUGGGAUGAUGAGAGUUUUAGUACAGUGUCGUCUAGAGAGCCACAGGGUCCCUACCCCAGAUCUGUUAGUGCUAUGUUAGGAUUUUCUUUAUUAUUGUUUUAACUUUUGUGGGCCAGUUAUUAACAACCUCCUAUGAAAACUCAUAAUAAAAACAAAUUUAAAGGAAGUUUGAAGGUCCAGCAAAUACUCAGGCAUAGUGUACUUUAUCAGAAAUUAUCAUAAUUUUAAAAAGUGUGAGAAAUCAUUCUAAACAUUGUCUUUUUCUGCAGAUGACCUCAAUGGUGUGGAACCUCCACAUGCUGCAAAUGGGGCCUCCCGUGAACCAGACCACAACCCUUCAGUACUGAGCAUUUUCAAAAAGGUAUUGGAACUUCGAAUGGGCCUUGGAAUAGUUGGCUCUUCCGAGGUUAGGCCUUGGAAUGGGCCUGUCCCACAUCCAUGUUUCUGGGGUUUUCUUGCCCUGAAUUUGUCUUCAUGUAUACCUAUUCCAUUUUCUUCACCAGAUCUGGGUCAUGGCCGCUUGUAUCUGCUUUGUCUUUACUGUCACUAUUGGGGUCUUCCCAGUUGUCACUGUUGAAGUAACACCAACCAUUGCGGGAAAGACACUUUGGGGUAAGUGAAAGUGCACUCCAUUGGAAGUGGCUGGGAUCAGGACUAUUGAUGGCCAAACCCUGGGAGAUUUUGGCAGACUAAAAAUACAUGAAUAGCCCACCCUUCAUUUGUGGGGCUCAGAACUCCUUACAUGGGGACUCCUAGGCAGCCUUUUAUCCAGGAACUAACCUGGCUGGUGCCUGCUUAGCUUGAAUAAAGUUACACCACCAUCAUACCAACAUCAGCUGUAACCCCAUAAAGCAGCCUUCCCCAACCUUGUUCUCUCCAGAUGUUUUGGACUACAACUCCCAUCAUACCCAUCCAGCAUGGCUAGGGCUGAUGGAAGUUGUAGUCCAAAACUUGUGAAGUGCAUUAAGUUUGAGAAGGCCGCCAUCAACUGUGGGUAAGAGCAGGAGGGCAUUAAGUGUGGACUGGGCAGGUUUAGCCUGGAGAGCUGAAAGACUUUGAAGGGAGGAUUAUCUGUUGGAAGAAGAAUAUUUGAUCAACACUGACUAGGGUGGAAAUGGGUCUGAAAAUUAAAUGCAUCCUUCCUGUUCUAAGUUUCUACAUCCUGCUUGGACAAAACAUGCACGUUUUCUUAUUUCUUCUCACCAUACCUCUCUGCAUUUACACCAUGCAUUCAUGAUACAACAGACUCUGUACAAUUAUCGGCGACAUUAUUUGUUGGGAAAGGAAUAGCAGAGGGCUGUGACAAUCCAUGCAUAUUAUAUAGAUAAGUUCUCAUGAGCAGUGAGCAUGAAAAGUAUGCUAAAGAAGGGAGUAUGAUUUCACAGUGGAGAACAGAGAAGAUUUCAGAGGGUGUCUUAUCGGGGUAGGAGGAAACCUUUUGCUGCUUUGAUAAGACAGAACAGUAUCGAAAGGGAAAGAAUGAAGGAAAUUUCCACAACCACCAAGUCCUGCAUGUGGGAUGCUCUUCCCCCAGUCCUUAACCUACUAUUUUGGGAGGGGUUGUGGUUUUUUUGCAUGUAUCUCAAAGAGCUGAGUUUUCUUCACCAGUUUGACACCACUCACUAGUGUUCCCAUAGUGACUGGGUACAGGAACAGACUGAUCCAUGGCUGCAGGGCUCAUUUCAUCAGCAGCAUGUUCCAUGUUCAAAGAAGGCGGAAGUGUGUGGCUUACAUGCACCUCAAGCAUUCUGUACCAUUUGCCUGGGCCUAGCCCUGGGGCUUGCUGUCGCUCUGUUUGAAUAUAGCAGGGGACUGAGGUCCUGGAACUGAUUCCUCCUCUCCACUUCUUUCUCUCCUCAGCUGAUUACUUUAUCGCAGUCUGUUGUUUCCUGACGUUUAAUGUCUUUGACUGGGCAGGUCGGAGCCUUACAGCUGUCUGCAUGUGGGUGAGUAUCCACUAGAAAGGCCAUUGGUAUUGGCUUAACCAGACAGAGCCUACCCUUCCUAAAGCUCAUUAAACAAGUUAGCACAACAGCCAGUAAUGUUUCUGAAUACCAGUUGCUAGAAACCACAGGAGGGAAGGGAGCUCUUGUGCUUGAAUCCUGCUUGCGGGUUUCCCGUAGGGAUCUGCUGGCCACUGAGAGAACAGGAUGCUGGCCUGAUCCAACUGGCUCUUCUUCUGUUUUUAUCAAGAAAAGGCAUGUUCAUGUGAAGUCGAGCUGGGAUGGGUAGAAAGUUGAUUGGGAUCUAUACUUGUUGAUUUUGUGGGAGAUUGGAUGGGCAAAGAUUUCUGGCUUGCAAUUGUUGAACAAUGGCAAACAACAAAACUACCUUUUGCAAGUAUAUUUAAGCUGCCGAAAUGAGCGAACCAGGAAUGGGCUUUUAGGUGAAAGGACUGUGUGCUCAGUUCAGUUCCAGUACUGAAAAACUAAAUUCCUAAAGUGUGCUUUGAGGCACCCUGUUCUCUUAAUUUUAACUGCGUCUUUUGCACUUGGCUCUUGAGUCUGUGGGGUUCUAGUGAAAACACAAAUUAGAUCUGAGAGGGCCUGAAUUCUACAGACCCCUGAAGCAGGGGGCUGAAAAAGGAUGUCCAUAUACUGGACCCAGUUGAAUACCGAGACUUAAAAACAGCCAUUUCCCCCCUACUUUAUAUUUCAUUUUUUGGGUCAGGCUCCAUUGGCUUUUUAGAAACUUCCUGUCUUUCCAUCUGAGAUAUGCGGGUAUUAUUUCUUCCAUUUUUUAUUUUUUUUGCCUCCGAAUGAGGGCAGAUGGAUUCACAGUUUUGUAUAGAGUAGUAGAGAAUAGUUAGAGCUGAAAAUAUGUAUCUGUAGAGAGAAUGUGCCACAAAUGGAGCUGAAGGAAUAGCCCUCACAGCACACUUUCUCUUGCUUCUUGAAGUUGUGGUUCAUAUUAAGAUGCCCCCUGACUGGAUUGAGCAUAGUCAGUUUCACCUCAUGGCCCUCUGCGGAACAUGCAACAUAUUGGCCUGGCAUCAAGGGUUGACAUGGGUUGGGCAUCUGCCAAGGGGUCACUGCCCAGAGUCUCACUGGAUCCUUUGCCACUCUCCAUCAUUACAACCAGCUUUAUUGUUCAGCUAUGUCUCGCUCUGGCCCUGUAGUUCUUAUGGUUUAAGGUUAAGGAGAGGCAAGUUGAGCUGAGCUGCCUGACCGUCGUAGACCAGGAGAUGCCAGGCAGUGACAGAGGGGUGAGUCAGUGUGUGUUGUGUAAGCUUUAAGGUACCACAGAAGGCCACAGUUGCUGUGGAGAGGAAUAAAGUGUCUGGGAAUAGUGAAGGAAGGGGAAAGGGGUGUAAAGGAAGAGACUUCAAAAACAGGAGGGAAAGUGGGAGGCAAAGCUGAUGCUUGGCUAACCAGAGACAUGAGCAACCGUGGAAAGAAUAAGAAGUGCAGAGGUGGGGAGGGAAGAGUCAAAGACAGCUCAUGGUUUUGCUUGGCACAUGAAAGAGGCACACCUCUGUGUCCCCCGCCCCCAUGGAGAAAAACACCUCACCGAUUGCAGACUCUAGUAAACAAGCCCACGCUUGCAGUCUCUCAAUGAGCAGGCUGUCUGGUACAGCACAGAGGCGGCGUGCUGGGGGCCAGUCAACAGAGAAAGGGCUCUGGCAGCCCAGCCCAAGAUCUGUGGAUGGAGGGUUGUGAGAAGCAGGUUUCCUCUUGGGCCCCUCUGCCAGAUGAGCACCUGCACUACAGCUCACCACUUUGGCCUAGGCCCCCGCAGUUCAGAUAAAUAUAUUGGUGCACACCAAUAAGAGACCCCAUCCUGGUCUAAGUCAAUAGACCUCUGUGGGAAGUCCGAGCCCAACUUCACCUUUUGCUUCUCUCUGUUGGCUGCUCUCCCGUUUGCCCAUGCAAAGAGAUGGAUGUACAAAUAAUGCUUGCAAAACAGCAGUGUGGGAAGUCUGAUGCCACAGACUGCCUCUUUGUAUGUGGUUUGAGCCUCAUGAUCCACCCAGGCCCCUCAUUUCCUCUGGCAGAUCCAUUUUCCUCCUGCCUCCUCUUUUGGCAGAACUAAUAGUUGUGUUCGUUCACCACAGCAUGGUCAACACCGAGGUGGAUGGAGGGCUGCUCGCCCCACUGUUAUUGAAGUGCCUAGAUAUAGGCCCAUCCAGCUUCUCAUGUUUUGAUAAGGGACCAGUGCCAAUUUGGCAAACCGGGACUAGUUAAACCCCCAGGAAGUCUAAUUCUGGUCUUUAUAAUGUCAUGACCCAUUUGGUGGAAAGUUCUCCAGUAAAUCAGGACUAAGAAUUUGAUCUCUGCUACAGUAUAUAAUUCUGCCUUUGUGGGUGAUUCUCCCCCCCCUCCCCAUUUUUGGAAAAGUUGGGACAUUCUGUUGAGGUCUUAAGGAAAGCUGUACUGAAUCAAGACCCCUUAGCAGUUGUGCACGCUAAGCCAUUUUGUCAACCUAGGCAGUAUUUUCUGGCUCUUAUUAGUAUUGUACAUGGAAAAAUAAUGGAAAUAGUUCAUAAGAACUCUCUCUCUGUCUCUCUCUCUCUCUCUCUAUAUAUAGCUAUGUGUGUAACAGUUCAACAACAUUUUGGGUGACUGCCAGUAGCUCUGUGUGUGUGAAGCUUUCUUGAGGAUUAUGCAGUCUUACAGCUAGCUGUAUCCAUUUAAUGUGGGGAUUAGGCAGGGGAAGGGAGAGAGAAAUGAUGGCAAAAGAAGGCAAUUUGAAGGUCCUCUAGCAGUCCUGAGCUAUGGAGAACCCAGUUUAAAGUACUGUCCUGAACUCUUAUCUGUAUAACAAGAAGAAGGGAAUUAAAGGAUCACCUGACCUGUUUCAAUCAGGAGUCAUGCUUAUAGCUAUGAGGCAAAUUACAGGCCUCAUGUUGUCAUUGGAAGCCGCCUUAUAUGGAAUCAGACCAUCUAGCUCAGUGUGGCCUACUCUGACAGGCUUUGGGUAGGGGUUUUACACAGUGCUGGUACUAGGAUUUUAAGCACACGGUUUUCCUGCUUUGCAGCUGAGCUAUCGCCUUUCCCCAAAGGCUCAGUCAAGAGAGCUAGGCUGCAAAACAUCUCGAGUUUAGAUUGUGGAUAUGCUGUUGUCAGCCAAUACUAAGGACGUUCUCUUGGGAGGCUUUUGAACUAGCUGACCUUUGUGCAUGGGGUAAGGAUCUAGAAAGUAUUUUGGAGACUAAUGUGAGCAUUGCAAUAUGCAGGCACUUAUCGAGGUUUUGCCAGGUCCCCUUGCCAAAGCUCAGGGAAGGGUGAGCUGUUCCAUAGUGUGAGUGGCUUUUCCAGCUGCUUUCUUUGCCACGUAUUGCAUCUGUGGAAUUAUUGUGCAGCACUUUGCCAUUGCCAGCGACCCAAGCAAUCCAGGGCAGAAGCGUCCAGCGGCUCUUUCGAUCAUUUUCCUUUGCUCUCCUUUUGCUUGGGCACAGAGGAGUGUGUCUGUGGAGCUCUGCACAAGUUCUCCCACUUUGGUGGGAGGAAGUGCCCAAUGAGAGGGGAAAGUGGGAAAACCCUCAACUUCCAGAUGUCCUUUGUGACCUCUGUGGAGUCACUUCUCCCCAUGAUUUGGCCGACAGACUGCAACUACACAGCCUAAGGAUGCGUGUGAGGAACAGACUGUUCUCUCUGGUGUGUAAUUUCAGUGGGAAGAUAACAGCAGUUCACAAAACAGAACCCACAAGGGUAUGUUGGUAGGCUAGACUGAACAUACAUGAGAUUUGCUGAGCAAAUCUGUACCCUCAUGGAAACGAAUAGACCAAAGGCUCCAUGGGGCAGGGACUCAUUUUGUAUGUAUGGGUUGUUGUUUUCCUGAUGGUUUCUUCUGGCUCAGGCACGACUUUGUUCUCUUUUCCCUUAGGAUCUUAUUGUUUUUCUUAACUCCAUUUAUUAUAAUCAUUUCCCACAAAAUAGCUCCUUACUGAUGUUUGCAAUAAAAACAAUUGCGCAAUUUCAUAUAUUAAAAAAAAUUGUAACAAGAACGCUUUUAUAUGUAAAAACAGUUUCAAAUCUAGUACAGGUACAAACUAGGAUAAAGAUGUUCAAAAUAAGAAAUAGUUUUGUCAGUUGCUUUGGUCAACUAAAUCACGACUAAACAAGUGCUGUUUUAAAUACAGAAUAAUAUUGGGAGCCCACCUCCCCAUUUAACAAUUGCAGAAUUAAGAGCGCAGAGCUGCAGUUUGUACUGUUGUAUAUUCUCAGUCAGCCCAGAGAACAAUAUGUCUUCCAGUGAGCAGGGAAAAAUGAGCAGGGAAGAAUGAGCAGGGAGAUUCUAUAGCAUGGAGCCAACGAGAUGUGACAUAUAAUGUGUUUGAUGUUAAAUGUAAUAUGCAUACUCUGAAAUAUACCUAGCUAUCUGCUGAUGCAUCUGAUAAAUACCAGGAUUUCAAUAGAAAGGAAGGGGAGUUUAGCCCUUACAACCCAGUUGUAAUCCUGACCAAAAUUGCUCCUCUGAAGCUACUUGCAUUGGGAGGAAAUACCAGCAGCUUACUGCUGUCAGGGACUGGACUGAAGGGGGAUGAGCUUGAUGAGGAAUGGUGGAGAUCUCUCCCCCCCCCUUCCUGAAGCUUCCAUAGAAGAGGAAGGCAGUAUUGAAUUACAGCAGUGGUUUGAGGAAGGUCACAGCUCAGAGACAGGUGAACAGAAGAGUUGGGAGAAGAGAAGGAGGAGACAGAGACAGAGCAGCCAGGUGACACGUUAUCACUGGAGAGUAUUUCUGACCCUGCUUCUCCCAGAAUUUGGCAUUCAUUGAGAGUGCAAGAGCAAUUAGCCCCUGGCGGCCACCAUAAGGGAAAGGGCUGUUGCUAGGGAGAGGGGAGGAGAUCAGUUGGAGCAACGCCAUUAACGGGAUACAGACUGCAUUCCUUUGUCUCCCGCCUUGGUGAUUGAAUAAACUCAUUAGUAAGAACUCUUCCUUGUUUUCUCUGCUUCUUGCUGCCACCGGGGGAGGGAUAGAAUUCCCUGAAGCCUGACAACUACUAAUUGUCUUCUCCUCCAUUUCAUACAGCCUGGGAAGGACAGCCGCCUACUGCCCAUCAUGGUGGUUGCCCGUGUGGUCUUCAUCCCCCUCUUCAUGCUGUGUAAUGUGGAACCACGCAGACACCUGCCUGUCCUCUUUGCCCAUGAUGCCUGGUACAUUGUCUUCAUGUUCUUCUUCUCCAUCUCCAAUGGCUACCUGGCCAGUCUCUGCAUGUGCUUUGGACCCAAGUGAGUAAUCGUCUGAGUGGAAGGCAGGCCUGAGCAAAAAGGCCAAACUUGAACUCUGCUUCUCCUGCUGUAUGGGAACUGGCAUGGAGUUUGCCUGCAGGGCUAUCAUUGCAGCCCAAAUUGCACUUGCAGCCCAAAUUGCAAAUUGACUACUAGUCGUCUACCACAGAGGUUUUCAACCUUUUCAAGCCCACAGCUCCCUUGACCAGCUACAUUUUUUCUGCAGCACCCCUAUGGGGCUCAGGAGCCCUGUUGUAUCACCCCUUGCCUGCAGAGCUGGCAACCCCUCACCCCUUUUUGAAUACCCUCCCUUGUGGAGUGUUCCUUCAGCCUUCUCUCCUUGGGAGUCCUCUGCUCUCUGAGCUGCACCCCCUGCCCCAAAUAGAGGUGCUCCUCACACCGCCCCUCAAGGGCCUGGGAAGAGGAUGCCCCCAGCCUUAGCAACCUGACGGAGACUGGCCAGAGGUGAAUGUGAGGCCAGCACCUUACUCACCUUAGCAGCCAGCAGUGGGCACUGCUGGGCUUGCAUGGCAGAAAGGCUCCCGCCUUCAGCAUCAGACACACUCAGCUCCCAAGCAGGUCUUGCACACUGCCUGCUUGGCCUCCUACCAGUCUGUCCAUUCCCAACAGCAAGGGCUGGUGGACUGGCUGGCUGGGCUUCCUCACCUGCUUGCUUGCUUCCUCCUUCCGCCUCUGGAGCUUGUAGCCAGGGCUGCUGCAACAAACAGCUGUGCAAGCCUUUGGGAGGCAGAGAUGCGAGAGGAAAAGAGGGACAGAGGCCUGUGUUGCCAUCAUUCAAGGUACCUCAGGGUGCCACGGCACACUGGUUGAAAACCACUGGUCUACCGCAUUGGUCCACAGCAAUUUCCUUGGGUUCAGGGAAUUUUUCGCAGCAGGAGACGGCCUCCAACCACAUGGCGAAGCACAGCAUUGCCUCCAUCUGAAACCACUUCAAAAUCUAGGGCAUUGUAGAUAGACAAAGAUUCUAUUUGUAACUGCCUCGCGUUGCUUCAUGUUUCGGUCAACCUGUGUGCAUCCCAGUUUUCCACACUCUGCAAAACACUAGAUCAGUGGUGGGGAGUUUCUGUCAUGUGGGGCUAAUUAGGUCUUCCAUGCCUUCUCAUUUGGUCUGUGAGGCCAUUGCAGCCCAGGCACACCCACCCACCCUACUGAGCUGAAGGGGGGGCGGUUGUAGGCACUGAAGAGCCCUGUGCAAAGUGCUGAUUCACCCACCUGUCAGACACCUGAUGCCACUGUUGCCAGGUGACCUGUAUUUUUGCCUGUCCUUGAAAUCAAGGCACAGCUUGCAAAGCACCAUCAGCUGAUUAUUGGGCCUUGUGAGGCCUUGUUUGGGUGUUUCAAUGAUAGCCUACAUAAUAAUAAUAACAAUAAUAGUAUGAUAUUUUAUUAUAAUGUAAUGAUCUCAGUAAUAGCCAAAAUAUGUACAAAAUGCUUUUGUUUUGUUUUGGGCAACCCUAAAAUAAGCACACCCUGAAAUAAGCUUUCAGCCUCCACCACAAAUGAUGAAUAUCAAUACCUCCCGACUUCCACUAGAUGGUGCUGUCAUCUCAUUAACAGUCAAAAUAUGUAGCCAGUCAAACACAAUCCCAUCCAGGCAAGCAAGAGGCUUUAUCAGAGCUCAAGGACACAUUACAGUCAUGCAAACAAACAAGUUGAUGAGGGUGUGGGAGAGGAACAGUGAUGUGGCAUGGCUGGGGAUGGGUGUGGCCUGGUGAGCGGCCCUAGGGCCAGAUAGAAAGGACUGAACAUUUGUCCCCUGGACCUAAGAUUCUUCACCCAUGAGGUAGUGGCGCAGCAAUAAAACUGCUAGCACAUUUGCAAAGCUAAGCAGGGUCCGGUCUGGUUUAAAAUUGGAUGGGGCACCCUGUGUUGAGAUUCCUGCAUUGCAGGGGGUUGGACUAGAUGGCCCUCGGGGUCCCUUCCAACUUUACAGUUCUAUGAUUCCAGUUAAUCUCAACCAUCGAUAAUAAUUGCCAGCUCCUUUCUAGUGCUUGAGGCCCCAGCUUCAGUCCAUCAACUAGAUAUGCCAAGGUGGGAGCUGCAUGCAGGGUUUGUGCUUCCCUUGAGCUCCCUUAGCAGCAUAAUGUUGGGCCACCUCUGCACUUCUGGUUUGGGAUUAGCAAGCUAUUGCCCGGGUUUUUGGCACAGCGCUGCCCAUGCACUUGGCACACUGGUGCCUACAGAGUGAUGGAAACAAACGAAACCUUAAAGGCAGGCCUCUGCCCCAAGGGGCUUACACUCUUAAAUGGGAGAGGCGAAGGGAAGAAUAUAAGCAAGCCCAGCUACAUGCCCCUGGCAUCUCCAGGCAGAGCUGGCACACCUGCUGUCUGAAACCCUUUGUUGGGCUGACUCACUGAAAGGACUGUGUGCAAGCAGUUGGUGGCUUGGGUAACAGGGUGUCGGCCCUGAACUGACCAGGUUUUCUCCUUCCUUCCCCCACUAGGAAAGUGCUGUCCCACGAAGCAGAGACGGCUGGGACCAUCAUGGCAUUCUUCCUCUCGUUGGGCCUGGCCUUGGGGGCUGUCCUUUCCUUCCCAAUCCGACAAGCCAUCUAA